AUGGAUCGCCUCUCGGCAGAGCUUGUUCAUGUCGUUUGCUCGCACUUGGAAACAAACGACAUAUACAACUUUCGAUUGACAUGCCGCGCUUACGGCGACGUCGGAGCUUGCUACUCCCAUCGCCGUCUGAAAUUCCACUUUCACCAUGAUGAUUUUCAGAUGCUCGAGCUGCUAUCACGCCAUCCCAUCAUCUCCAAGAAUGUUGUAUCGCUCGUGUACUUUACCAACAGAUUGGAGCUGAAGUCAGAUGGCCGGAAGAAGGACCGCGUGGACUUGAUCCUCGACUAUGAGAAACGUACACACCGGCUCAAUACACGGGAGACCCACGCCCCGCCGUCAGCAACAGAGGAGCUCAAUGAGAUGUUUCAGGAGUACGAGAAGAUCGCAGAUCGCCAGAUCGAGAUGAUCCAACUCGAUGAAGACUGCCGCAUGCUCCAGGGCAUUGUGUCCCGCCUAGGGAACCUCCAGGAAAUUGAAGUGAGGUACCGUGACCGCCCACGUCAAGGACAGGCGGGCAACAACAUGGGUCCGUUCAAAAAGAUCAAACGUUUAAACCAAAGGUUUACUCGAUCAAAACCAACCGGAUGUCGCGAACUACGCUCGCUUCUUUCAUCCUUGCCGGGGAGUACUAUCAUGCUGCGGUCCCUCGCUUGUGAAAACCUCGAUUGGACUUUCUUCUCCAAGGGGCUGGGCACGGGACUCCACGCAAUGCCAUCGCUUCAAAACCUGACGAUGGUUGAGCUCUCGUUGAACGCGAGCACAGAGUUAGCUGGGAGACCAGACGGGGCUUCCGAGCCGGCUUCUAAGCAUCUCUUUGGCACGGGAGUCGUCGGUCGUUUUCUUUCGUCCUUGGACAAGCUAAGGGAUCUAAGAAUCACAUUGGGGUGUUACGCAGGGCGAAUACCGAAACCCGCUUGCCUGCCGGACAUCAUUACGCCGGGCCAUCACUGGUCGCAUCUCGAAAGCCUUUCACUCGGAGGGCUUGAAUGCGAGGGGCAGGACUUGCUGGGGGUUCUCGGUGCUCACAAGGAAACCCUAAGAAGUCUGUGCAUAUGCUCCAUAGAGCUGACCAGUAGGUCAUGGUUCGAGCUCCUCCCGGCGAUCCAGGAGGUUUUAUGCCUGGAUACGGCUUGCAUAUGUGGCGAACUUAUAGAUGGUCUCUAUGAAGGACUGGCGUGGCACGGAGGCUAUCCGGAUGAGGGGCCGAGCUGGGUCACCGGCCUUGGACAUGCGAUGAACGAAUACCUUGUGUCUGGAGGUACGAUGCCGCUGUCCGAACACAACGCAAGCCCUCGAGAUGGCUGGUAG